GUGCCAUUAGUCCAUAGACAGAGGAGAAGAAAAUUAAAUUGCAACAUGAGAAACAAUCCCAUCUUAAAUCCUCUAUUAAUACCCACCCUUUCCUCCUCAUCCACGGCAAAAAGCGAGAUAUCUAUCUAUUUAUCGUUCUUUCUUAGAACUUAGCGGCCUUACAUACAUUUAAAGGGUUGGGGAGAGAGUAUAGAGUGCUCUUCAUGGGAGUGCUUCUGGACGGUGAACGAAGAAGAAACAAGAUUUUUAUUUAUCUUUGAUUAAACACCAUACCAAUAAUCAUUAUGUGUAAUCCAGACGCCAACAACACUACCCUUAGUCUUUCUACCUUAACUGAGAAACAAUCACAAACCCAUCCCUACUUGGAUAUUUUAUCACUCCCAAACACCAUAAAAGACCUGGAAAAUCUCAAAACGAAUCCACCACCACCAUCGCCGGAAAUAUUAUAUCCUUCCGUUUCGGAUAUAAUAUCAGAGACAAAAUCACUCUUUAAACUCGCCUUCCCUAUAGCCCUAACCGCUCUCAUUCUCUACUCUCGGUCUAUCGUCUCUAUGCUCUUUCUUGGCCAUCUAGGUGACUUUGAACUCGCCGGUGGUUCACUUGCUAUUGCUUUUGCUAAUAUUACCGGUUACUCUGUUCUUUCUGGUUUAGCUUUGGGUAUGGAGCCUCUUUGUUCUCAGGCUUUUGGCGCUCAACGUCCAAAACUCCUUUCUGUAACCCUUCAUCGGUCUGUGAUUUUCCUUUUAAUUUCAUCAAUACCCAUAUCUUUUCUAUGGCUUAACAUGUCGAAAAUCCUUCUCUCGCUUCACCAAGAUCCCAACAUCACGAGUCUUGCUCACACUUAUUUGCUCUUCUCUCUUCCUGACCUUUUAACAAACUCUUUCAUCCAUCCAAUCCGCAUUUACCUUCGCGCUCAAGGUAUCACCCACCCUUUAACUUUAGCAUCCCUCGUCGGCACCAUUCUUCAUUUACCUUUCAAUCUUUUACUCGUCAAUCAUUGGAAGUUCGGAGUCUCCGGCGUCGCAGCCGCAGCCGCCGCUUCUAACUUUUUUGUGCUCCUGUCUUUAGUUUCUUACGUGUGGGUUUCUGGUUUACACGAGCCGACGUGGACUAAGCCGAGCCGAGAAUGUUUCGCUGACUGGAAGCCGCUUAUUCGGCUAGCAGCUCCUAGCUGUGUGUCAGUUUGUUUGGAGUGGUGGUGGUAUGAGAUCAUGAUUGUUUUAUGUGGCCUUUUAUCAAACCCCAAAUCAACGGUUGCUUCUAUGGGCAUCUUGAUACAAACGACGUCGUUGAUUUAUGUUUUCCCUAGUUCACUCGGUUUUGCUGUUUCCACCCGGGUGGGAAACGAACUCGGUGCAAACCGUCCUCACAAGGCGAAAUUAUCCGCUGUGGUUGCGGUUUUCAUUUCAGCCAUGAUGGGCCUCACAGCUUCCACGUUCGCAUCGGGAAUGAGGUAUAGGUGGGGCCAAAUAUUCACGAGCGACGGAGAUAUCCUACGGCUGACGUCGGCUGCACUGCCGAUCCUAGGGUUAUGCGAGCUAGGUAACUGUCCGCAAACAGUAGGGUGUGGCGUCCUGAGAGGAAGUGCACGCCCGUCUAGCGCGGCUAACGUGAACCUCGGCGCGUUCUAUCUGGUAGGCAUGCCAGUGGCUAUUGGACUUGGGUUUUGGUUAGGUGUUGGGUUUUGUGGGCUCUGGCUCGGUCUACUAUCAGCACAAGUUUGUUGUGCGGGGCUCAUGCUGUACGUUGUGGGGUCCACCGACUGGGAUUUUGAAGCUAAGAGAGCUCAAAUGCUAACUUGCCUCGGCUGUGAUAAUCGGAGAUUACUCAGUGAAGACAACACAGAAGAAGAAGAGCAUAAAUUGAUUGUGGCCUGGUCCUGAUAGCCUAGCGUAUGUGGUUUAAAUGUAGAACCGUUGCCUGUUUUUUGUAAUUUUUUUGCCCUUAUGGGUUUAUUUGUGAAUUAUUUAUUUAUUUAUUUAUUUAUUUUUGGGCUGGGAGAGAGAAGUAUGCAUGAAGAAUAUACAGAAGAAAAAUUACCACUAAUUAAUUAAUGUUAUAUAUUUA